AUUGUUUAUUUAACAAGAAAUCAGGUCUGUAAAGCAAAAAUAAAAAAAAAAUUAUUGAAACACAAAUCUAAAAUGGAGCGAGCUAAGGUUAUCCCAAAAAGUUAUCCAUCCAAUGUAUUAAAUAAAAAUUGGAAUCAGAGACCGUGUUACUUUAAAAAGAAUAGUGAGAAAUUUCUGAAAGCCGUCAAUGAAAUGGAAGUCAGAGACGAUGAUGUCUGGUUAAUUACAUUACCCAAAUGUGGUACCACUUGGAUGCAGGAGCUGGUAUGGUUGGUUUUAAAUAAUUUUGACUUCGAGAGUGCAAAACAAGAACAUUUGGAGUUGAGAUCACGAUUUUUAGAAUUCGAUGAAGUAUUAUAUGAUGGUGAAGGCAGUAUAAUAAAAUAUAGUACAGAAAUGAAAUCUCCACGACUUGUAAAGUCACAUUUACCACUACCUUUACUACCAUCACAACUUUGGACUAAAAAACCUAAAGUUAUAUACGUUUUCCGAAACCCUAAAGACGCCAUUGUUUCAUUUUAUUAUCAUUUACGUAACUAUCAAAUAACUUCCUUCUUAAAUCCAACAGAUUAUGCUCAAGAUUUUAUCAAUGAAGAUAUGUUAACUCAUCAACACUUCUUACAUGUCGCUGAGUUCUAUGCUUUGAGAGAGGAACCCUGGAUUUAUUACACAAGUUAUGAGUGCAUGAAGUCUGAUCUAAGAUCUGUCAUACAAGAUGUUUGCAAAUUUCUGAAUAAAAAUAUUACUGAAGCUCAAAUGCAGCAAAUGUUACAUCAUUUAUCUUUCGAAGAGAUGAAAAAUAAUUCAAAAACAAACCAUAUAUGGGCAGCGCAACAAUUCUCUAGAAAAUUUAAUAAAGAGAUUGGAGAUUUGAGAUUCAUCCGUAAAGGGAAAGUUGGAGGUUAUAAGGACGAUUUGACUGCUGAAGACAUAAAUAAAAUUGAUGAUUGGAUGAAUAGUGAACUUAAGUCACACAAUCUAAUUUUGAAUGAUUUGCUACUUCAGAAUAAUUAA